GCCGCCUGCACCGCCCGUAGGUGCCCGGCAGCCCGGGCGUUCACCUGCAGCGCCGGCCGCGGCCGCCCCGCCCGCAGCCCGCCCGGGGAGCGGCCCGGGGGGCCGGAGCGGGCCCGGCGGCGGGGCUGCAGGACCGGGGAGGGGCGGCGGAGGCGGCGUCAUGUGACCCGCUCCCAGCUCCUUUAAAGCAGCCACAUGCAGCCGGGCAGCGGCCACAAUCACGGCGGGCGGCGGAGCGGCGGCCGGCUCCCGGCGGGCCCGGCAAUCAGUGCGGAGCCUGCCCGCCCGCCCGGCCCCCCGCCCGGGGAGCGGCGGGGGGCGCCCAGCGCCGGGCGAACAUGGCUGGGGCCAUCAUCGAGAACAUGAGCACCAAAAAGCUCUGCAUCGUCGGGGGGAUCUUGCUGGUUUUCCAAGUCAUCGCCUUUCUGGUGGGAGGGCUGAUCGCUCCCAGCCCCACUACAGCUGUUCCUUACAUGUCAGUGAAGUGCAUUGAUGUAAGAAAAAACCACCACAAAACCAAGUGGCUGAUGCCCUGGGGACCCAACCACUGCGAGAAGCUCAAAGACUUCGACGAGGCGGUGAGCAAACAGAUUGAAGCCAACGACAUUGUGUUUGCCGUGCACAUUCCCCUCCCUAGCAAGGAGAUGAGCCCCUGGUUCCAGUUCAUGCUUUUCAUCAUGCAGCUGGACAUCGCGUUCAAGAUGGACAAUGACCUGAAAGAAAACGCAGAAAUUACCCUGGAUGUGUCAUUAGCAUAUCGCGAUGGCGUGUUUGAUGAUUGGGAAGAAAUAGCACAUGCGAUAGAGAUCAGGAAGCUGAAAUGCACCUUUGGCUCACCAAAAACCCUGGAGUCUGAAGGCCGUCACUACGACUGUGACUUCCUUCCUUUCAUGGAGAUCGGCAGCGUGGCCCACAAGUACUACCUCAUCAACAUCCGUCUGCCCGUGAACGAGAGGAAGGGCAUUAACGUGGGCAUUGGGGAAAUCAAGGAUAUCCGCCUCGUGGGCAUCCACCAAAACGGAGGCUUUACAAAGGUGUGGUUCGCCAUGAAGACCUUCCUCACCCCCAGCAUUUUAAUUAUCAUGGUGUGGUACUGGAGACGGAUCACGCUGAUGACACGCGCUCCUGUCCUGCUAGAGAAGGUGAUCUUUGCUCUGGGAAUUUCCAUGACGUUCAUUAACAUCCCCGUGGAGUGGUUUUCCAUUGGAUUUGACUGGACUUGGAUGCUGCUCUUCGGAGACAUUCGACAAGGCAUUUUCUAUGCCAUGCUGCUGUCAUUUUGGAUCAUCUUCUGUGGGGAGCACAUGAUGGACCAGAAUGAGCGGAAUCGUCUCUCGGGGUACUGGAAGCAGGUUGGACCCAUAGCUGUCGGCUCCUUCUGCCUCUUCAUCUUUGACAUGUGUGAGAGGGGAGUGCAGCUGAAGAACCCCUUCUACAGCAUCUGGACCACUGAAGUUGGAACGGAGCUGGCUAUGGCCUUUAUUAUAGUCGCAGGAAUCUGCUUGUGUCUCUAUUUUCUCUUCCUGUGUUUUAUGGUCUUUCAAGUGUUCCGAAACAUCAGUGGAAAGCAGUCAAGCCUCCCAGCCAUGAGCAAGGCUCGCCGGCUUCAUUACGAGCAGGGGCUGAUUUUUAGGUUCAAGUUCCUGAUGCUCAUUACCCUGGCUUGUGCAGCAAUGACAGUCAUCUUCUUCAUCGUGAGCCAGGUGACCGAAGGCCACUGGAAGUGGGGGGACAUAACUAUACAAGUGAACAGCGCCUUCUUCACUGGCAUUUACGGGAUGUGGAACCUCUAUGUCUUUGCCCUGAUGUUCCUAUAUGCACCAUCACACAAGAAUUACGGUGAAGACCAGUCAAAUGGUGACCUGGGAGUAAACAGUGGGGAAGAGCUUCAGCUCACCACCACCAUCACCCAUGUGGACGGGCCCACAGAGGUUUAUAAGCUGGCUCGCAAGGAGGCUCAGGAGUAACGCUGAGGUGGCCUCAGCUGGGACCCAGAGCAGGGUGGGGAGCGGAGGACAACCCAGUGUCCUUGGCAGGAGACCUCUCUGACUUAAUUUGCUUCUCGAGCACCCCGUACCUAGUGUAUUUUCACAGAGCAGUGACUCCAAGCAGAACGUUUGUAAACUCUUUAAUAUGGUGUAGUUAUUUCUGGGGGGAGGGAUAUGUAUAUUGUGUUACACUCAAGCAUGUAAAAACCGACUAGAAAAGCAUUAAGGUUGCAAAGUCGUGCGUUCAGAUGUUAGGAAGGGGCAGAGCUGACACUGGGCGGUUUUUAUUUCUGUUGUGUGCCUGUGCAUAAAGGUGGUGCAGGGAGCUCAGUCGGGGAGCACGUAUUUGCUACUCCAAGUUUUCUUCAUGUGUGCUUUGCAUAAGGUGUUGGUUGUGGAGAGGAACUAAAGUCUCAUUGUAAAAACAUUUAAUUCCACCAUCUAGAAUUGUAUUGAACCUUGUCUGGCGUCUUUAGUACGGCUCUGCAGCAAGCCUCUGUCAUCACUGAAGUGAAGCACAGCUGGGGAAAGGAGUAGAUGGUUUGUAAUGGGUGAGAUUUUAGUAGAAGCAGCAAUGUGCUUUCUCAGUAGGUUUUACGGUUGUUUGUUCGUGUAGGGGAAUGUAAAAACUGGAUGCCUGAGCUGAGCGGCAGGAGAAAGGAGCGCUCCUGUCCCGGGUUCCCAUAGGUACUGGUCCCACAGCCAGCUCCUGCCUAUUCUCAGCCCCUUUGGCUUCCAUGGCUUUUGUUGUCUUCCUCCAUCUCACCUUUUUGUUACAGCUCACUCAUUUUUAUGCUGCUUAGGUGCCAUGGGGAGAAGAGAAAGGCCGUGGGAGGGACGGUGCGUUCUCAGCUCCCGUGCCUGUGAGCUGGGCAGUCCCACUCCUCCUUGCACUGCUGGGAUGGAGCACGCUUGGCAGAGCUAGAUUCAACCAGGGAUUAUCGGACUUGAAAAAAAAUGUAUUUGUCAUGCACUAAUGUUGAUGUUUGCUUUUCGGAGCAAAAGCAGACGAUGAGGUUGCUCACCCCCAUGCUGUGCUUGGGCAGGUCUGGCUGUGAGAUGGUUGGCAGUGCAAGGGGAAUGGGAACUGACCCGGGGCAGAGGCUUAAACUGGACUAUGCUGGGGACCACUUAAGAGACAUGUUGAAUGGCACGUAUGGGAGGAAGCAUGGCCAGAAAGGUCUGUGCUGCUCAGGGCACACCUUCCAGGGCCUGGAGGAUUCAGAGGGCCUCCUUAGCUGGCAUUAGUAAACAUCUGUGUUAACUGCUAGUAACAGUAACUCAGCCUCCCAGUUUUGUCCCUAAAAGCUAAGAAUCUGCUACCGCUGUCUGUUGCUGAAGGGUCAGAGAUUAGGGGAAGCUUCCAAAGCCGCUGGACAGGCAGUCGUAGCAGGUACUGGUAGAAGCACACUGGCCUGGAAGAAGGGACAUGUUGUCCUCAGAUUCUUACAACUUCUGAAAUUACACAUCAAUUUUGAGGGUAUUGAGGCUGCAAAAUGGAAGUAUAAUAGGGAAAUACCAGGCAUGAGAUCACCGAUGAAACCUUAACCCAUCUCUAGCCAGUGUGUGCAUUCCGACAUGCAGUGAAAGCCCAUUGCAUGCUGGCUUCACUGUCACAUUCACGUGUGUUUGUGGGUUCGGGGCUCUGGGCAGGAGCUGAGGCCAUGCUGCUGUGGCUCCAGUUUGUACCGGGAGGUGCUGGUCCAUCAUGAUCCCCACCCCAGCAAACGGCUCGCACUCGGUGAUGCUGCGGCUGCCCAGCGUGCCCCAGCCUGCAGACCCCCACCGCUGUUUGCACGCCGCCGCUCAGUUCAGCUCUAACCAUCAUCUCUGUCGCCAUUUCAGGCAGGUUAGUAACAAAACACAGCACCAGCUCUCCUGGCCUCUUGCUUUCCUUUUCCCCUUUCUUGAGGUGAGUCAACACCUCAGCUGGGGUGAGGUGUUCAGAUAAUUCUUCCUCAUUUUCCCAGUCCACUAGGGAAUGGGGCCAGAAGGCUAGCGACUGCCCCUCAGCUGCGUGUGGGGCCAGCUGGGCACCCCAUCUCCUCGCCAGCCUUUCCCCAGAGGAUUUCUCACAGGGUCUGCUGGCUGCACCAGGCAUCGCGCCAGGAGGUGCUGGGCUGUUACAAUCCCAGUAAGAACAGCACUCUGUGGAGUAGAGUGUAAAAUACCAUUUACUGGAGCUCAACACGAUGAAGGAGAAGAGGGUAGUGCAGAUAACCUUGCAUCCUUUUGGUUGCUGGGAGCCCCAAGUUGUGCACCAUCAGAUGGGUCUCCGGGGUGUGGUGUGGCAGGCAGACCCCAUCUGCAGAAGGGCUGCUCACUUUUUGUUAAAUGGAGCUACUACAGGUUUUUCUUAAAAGAAAGCAAUUCUGUUCCUUGUUCUGUUCGCCCUCACAGGGAUCCCCAGCUGCCCCUGGCAGCAUCUCAGCCAGGAUGCAGGGCCAGAGCCGAGGAGCGCUGAAUGCGUCACUGCGUGUGGAGUCCCUUGUGUGCUGCUGUGCCUGAGCACGUAAAGUCACCGUAGCACAGAAAAUGUCCUAAACAGUACUUAAGGAGGUAGCUUUGGGUCAUUUUGGAUACUUGAACUGAAACACUAACCAUUUUUUAUAAGUUUGGGGUUGACAGUGCCCCUGUACUGAAAAGAAAUGUGGUUUAAAAGAAGAGAAAAAGGAGGGCACACUUACUGUAUGUGGAAUAAGUGCUGGGACCGCACCUUCAGCGCAGAUGGUGAAGGAAAAUAAGUGUUGGUAGGUCCGAGCAGUGUUCCUACUUGCAGUGGUUGUUCAGUUACAAAGUGAAUUACAUUAACGCACAUCAUCAUAACUCUGGCAUGCUCCUGGCUGAGUGCUCGACUUUGCAACUUUAACAUCCUUUUUAUGUUGAGUUCUUACGUGAUAUUUAUGUUGUUUCGAUAGAUGUGUCCAUGGUUUCUUUUACAGCUUACUAUAACAUUGCAUUUUGUAAAGACUCCCUAUAAAUGGGGAGUUGCAGCUUUAAAACCAAAUUUUGUGUCAAACACUAACAAUUUGUUUAUGGGGCGCGUGUAUGUGUGUGUGUUUUUUUUAUUUCUUAUUUCCUAACCCCUACUCAUAUGUCUCAGAAAUAGUCCCUGGGUCUUAUUAAAAUAUAUCCUUUUUUUGUUUAGGUUGAGUUCAGUUUUUACAGACUGCUUUAAGCAACCUGGAAAACGCGUAGUUUUGUUAAUUUAAAUAAAACAUACAAUAUUGUG